AUGAUAAAGGAUGAUAAUUAUGAAAGGGAAUUUGAGUUGAAAGAGUUAGAGAUGGAAACAAAGAAUGCUUUUUAAGUAAAUAAUAAGAUAUAGGUAGUUUUAAGAUCUAUUGAAUGGAUGUGUAGCUUAUAAUAAGUAAAAAAGAAAGGAACUUUUUGAGACAUUUGAGUUUGAGGUAGAAGAGAAAGUUCCAGUUUUAUAAGAUUUAGAUUCAAUUAGAGUGAUGACAGAAUAGAUGUAAACAAUGCAAAAGAAUCUGUAGAGUAAGUAUGCUUUGAUAAAGAAAACUAAAUUGUUAUUUGAAAAGAGAGUAAAUUAAUUAAGAGAAGCAUUGGGGAAUAUCAGAGUGAAAGAGUUUGAAGUGAAUGAUGAUUCAGUAAUAAAGGAAUUACAUUUAGCAAAUAAGAAGAUGUUGGAGUUUCAGUAAUUAUCAGAGAAAUUCAGAAAAAAUUAAUUGAAACGAUAGGAAUUAUAACAAAAAGAAUUAGAAAAUGAGUAAGAACAAUUAAGAAAGUAAUAAUAACAUAUACUUGAAUUAAAGAUGGAGAAUUAAAAGUUAUUAGAUAAAAUGUAGUAAUUGGAUUUAGAAGAACAAGAAAAAAGAAGAAAAUUACAUGAAUGUUAUUAAACUAGUGAAUAUAUAGAGUUUUUUACAGAAGUACAAAUGUUACAAUAAGAUAAAGAAGUUUCAACUAAUUCAAAUGAUUAAUCAAGAUAAUUUGGAAGAGAUAGAUAAUCUACAAGACAUGAAAUUGUGACAAUGAUGGAUGAAUUUUAUAACAAUCAAAAUAUACAUUAAUUAACUGAAGAAAUUACAGAGUUUUAUAGAUCAAUGGUUGAAUAAUUAAAAGUUUAAACACAUACAUAUAAUGCAUUGAUUGAAGAAAAAGCUUUGAGAAAAUUAUAGUUGGAAGAAGUGGUAGAGGAAAAUAAUAGAUUAAGAGAUUUUUCUUGUAAUGCAUCUCAACUAGAUAUAAAUUCAAUUAAUUAGAAUGGUUCAAUUAAUCCAAUGAAUGGUGAAGUACCUUAAGUGAUACAAGAAAACAAUUAAUUAGGUAAUUAUGUCAAGCAGAAUUAAAUGUGUUUAAUAGCUAUUCAUAUGAAAGCUAUUGAUAUGAUAUCAAGAAUUUGUAUAGGAUUAAUAUGGCUUAGUGAAACAUCGAAAAUGGUGUCUAAAUCUUUGGAUAAUUUAUGUUCUCAAUAUUUGAAAGGACAUUCAAAAGCUGAAAUUAAAUUAUUUAUUCCUAAAAAAUAUAUGGGUAAUCCAAAACCAUAAAAGUUUGGAUCUUUUAUAUCAAUAAUAAAUAGAAAUAAGAAUGAUAAUAGUCCAAAAGGAAGUAGUACAAAUAUUGUAACAACAACAACAAUUAAUAACGUAGACAAAUCUUUUGAGAAUGAAUAAUUAAUUCAAAGCUUGAAUAGAUUUAAAUAAUUAAAAAAUGGAUAUGAAUAAAUUUAACUUACAUGGAUUACACUGGUUAAAAAUGAUUUACUAACUUAUAAAUUUGUUAAAGAAUUCAAUUUUGAUUAAAUUGAACUUAAUCAACCUCUUCAAGAUAUCAUAUUAUAAUUACAUAUUGUUUAUGCAGAAGUUAUUUCCAAAAUUAAUUAUUUUCAACAUUAUGAAUAUUAGUUUGCAUAUUUUAGAGAUAUUGUUAAAAUGAUUAAUUAAGCCAAAAAUAAAAUUAAAAUUAAUAUUAACAACAACAGUCAUAAACUAUGUGAUUCUACACAUUUGAGUAGUAGUUAUACUCCAAAUAAAUAUAUUGAAGCUACAUACAAAGGUUAAUUAAAAAGAUUAACUCAUCCUUAGGUUGAGGAUAAUGAGCCAAUCAUUACACAAGAUAAUGUUAAGAAAAUUUAAAAAACAAGUGAUGAAACUAAAUUUCAUUAAUUUUUUAUUCAAUAAUCUAGUAUCAUUUAACGUAAAUCACCACUUUUACAUGAAAAACUCAUAUCAUAAACCUUAUAAACUAUUGAUUAAAUGCGUAAAAAAGAAUUAGAUGAUAAUUAUUAAACUUCAGAUCAAGCUGCUUCAGAUAUUGAUUACCUUAAUUAAGAACGUAGAAAUCUUAAAGGAAUGCUUAACAAGAAAAUAUAAUAAUAGCAAUAGUAUAUAUCCAAAUCAGAAGAAAAAGAUCUCAUUUCAUCAAGAUCAAUUAUGAAAUAAGUUAGUCUUUUAUCCAAAAUUUCACAUUGUAAUUUAUUCAAAAUAUUAUAGUAUCUAGAGUCAAUUCUAAUUAGAAUUAUAUAUAAGUUAAUAAAUCUAUUUAAAGAUUGAAUUAAACUGUGUAAAAGAAAAUGUCAGAAUAUUUUACACAAGAUUAGAAUUCUUAAGAGAAUAGGAUAAGAUAUCCCCCUAUAGAAAAAAAAGUAUCAUCUCGUUCUCCAGAAUAAAAAUCCAUAAUUGACACCUUUCAUAAGGAUCUUUCGUCAAUGAUCUUGAACUCUACUUCAAAUGGUCGAUCAUUCAUGGCCUGA